AUGGCGAUGAUGAUGACUGGCCGUGUGCUGCUGGUGUGUGCCGUCUGCGUGCUGUGGUGCGGUUUAUCUGGAAUUGCGACCGACGGUGUUGGCGGUGGCGAUGGCAGUGCGGAUGAGGACUUACUGUUGCAGUGGCGUGCUUGGCUGCGGAGGGAAUGCGCGGAGGAGGUCAGCAGGAGGACAGGAGGCAGGGAGAAUGCGUCUGUUGUUGAGGAAUGCGUCCAUCAGGGGAUGGACGGUGUGCGUGCCGUUGUGGAUGGCCGUCGUCGUUGGAGACGUCAACGGAUUGUUGUUGCUGCUGCUGCUGCUGGAAACGGGGAUGUCAGCACGGACAAAGAUGGCCAGGCAAGGAAUAAAGAGGUUUCACCACCCGAAAUAAAAGAUGAAAAGCCAGUGGCUUCAGGACAAGAAUCAACAGAUGCAACAAGAGGAAAGGACCAGACGACACAGAAUACUUCAGCUGCUAUUGUGUCGCUUAAAAAACUAAUUUCUGGAAAAAAAAAACAAGAAGAAGGUGAGAGAAUGACCGAGAAAGAAGAUGGAGACAACGAAGAUGAAGAAGUGGAGGACGAAGCGAAGAUACGCGAAACAACACCGGUAGUACCACCGCCAACAGCAGCAGCAGGAGGAGGAAUAAAACCACCAUCUGGUGCUUCUGGUCCUGCUGCCCCUGGCGCCAUUCUCACUUCGCGGUCCUCUUCUGGUGUUGAUUCUUCAUCCCGCAUCGGUGACGAAGGGUCCACCGUCGGUAUUUCACCCAAUGCAGUUGGGAAGCCUUCAAGACAAGAUAAGGUACCAGAAGCAGAGGAGAGUCAACACGCCCAGCGACACGACGGAGUGGCAGCAGAUACACUCAACAACGGACCGGAACAAAACGGUUCUGCUCCAACAACGGGUCAGAAUGAAAACGAGGUCGCCACGUUGGGUGCCGGUGGUUCACGCUCUUCGAGAGAACAAAUAACGGUAAAAGGGGGUUCAGAAGCUUCCCGAACAGACGAAUCGUCAGCUGAUCCAAAUACAAAAUUACAAGAAAAUGAAAAGACUCCACUGAAACCAUCACAAGCAGCAGCGACAGAACCAAAAACUCAGCACGAAGUAUUGACGUCAGUAAAGGAGGAGACAAAGAGCAAGAGCACGGAUGCAUCAGCGAAUUUACCUGAUGCGCCCAAAAGCAGUGAAGAACAUCCUGCAUCCGCAGCCACUACAAUGCAGAGUACAUCAACUGGCAGUCAAGAAGCAGCAGCUACGCCGUCUUCAAAUAGAAUCUCUUCACUUCACGAGGAAACGACCACUGGAAAUAACAUUACUGAGAAUGCUCAACCUCCGAAGGAAACACCCGUCGAAGGCACGGCCAUGAAAACUACAACGGCGACGACUGGCGACAGUGACGGCAGCACCGCGGCCUCCCACACCACCUCCCCUCCUUUGCUUCUUCUUCUUGUUGUUGCGAGUGCGGCUGCUGCUGCGGUGGUGGCCGCGUGA